CGGGCGCGCGCGCUGGGUAACAACAGAAACCUCCCACUUCUCUCCGCGGCGGAGAGUCACGGGAGCUGGAAGUUUUUUGGCCGAAGCUGGAGGGAGGGGAGCGGUGCGGGGGAGCGCGGUCUGACCGAAUAAGUCGAGUUUACUGCUGAAGCCUGGCUGCAGGCCUGGACUGGCUGACUGACUGAGAGUGGGUAACGUAGCUAGGUUAGCUACGCUAGCUGAGCUAACGGCGAGAGGAGGCAUCUGGAGCGGGGAGGAGGGUUAGCCAGCGCGCUAGCUGUCUGAGGCUAACUGUGGAAGGGGAAGUGAGCGGCGGGGGAGGUGUGUGUCUGUGUGUGUGUUAUCUUCCUCCACUCAAAACAGAGAGAGAGAGAGAGAGAGAGAGAGAGAGAGAAAGAGAGAGGGAGGACCAAGAGGACUGAGAGUUGACUGGCUUGAGCUUAGUUAGCUAACUAACACACCCACUUUAAGUCAUUUUCCUAGUUUCACCGUUGUGUUUGGUGAAAAUUAGCUAGUUAGCUUAGCCGAACUAGCUACCACGGCCGCCUGACUCGAGGCCAACUGCUUUUGACUGAGCGGGUGACCGUUAAAGGUGGAGCGGAGCGGGGCUCGCGCUGUUAGCCUGCUAGCUAGCUAGUUAAGCUAGGUUAGCUAACUAUAUCUAACUAACGAAUCUCAGUCUCGUUAGUUGUUAACUGGCAGACAGCCUGCUAGCAUUGGUAGCCAGCUAACUACCUAACAGUUAACGUACAGUUAAACUACAGUUAACUACAUUAGCUAGCGAAUUUUAACUAGUUAGCUUGCUUGCUAGUCACACAUCCACCCCGUCACUCAGCUCUAGCCCGGGGAAGUGGUCUGAAAGAGGGCAGGCGUGGCUGGGUUUUCCGCUCUGGAGGAAACCCGAGGGACCGCCGCGAUGGCUCCGAAGUGACCGCGGGCUGGAGCAGCGAUGCGGGGCGAGCUGGAGGAGAUGAGCAGCUAGAAGUUUGAGGGUCGUGUUUGUGUGAUUUGGACUCUUCUGUACUGCUCCCCUCAUUUCGGGGAAGGCAGAAUCGUAGCUAGGGGGUAAGGAUGAAGAAGUUUUCUCGAAUGCCAAAGUCUGAAAGCGGGGGGCUCGGAGGCUCCUCGGGCUCCGGGUCCGGAACCGGGGGCAGCAACUUUAUCGGGAGGGUGUUCGCCAUCGGGAGAUACCAGGUCACCGUGGACGAGCUGAUCGCUGAAGGGGGUUUCUCGAUGGUAUUCCUGGCCCGCACCCACAGUGGAGUUCGGUGUGCUCUGAAAAGGAUGUAUGUAAACAACGUGCCCGACCUGAACAUCUUCAAGCGGGAGAUAACGAUCAUGAAAGAGCUGUCAGGCCAUAAGAACAUUGUGAGCUACCUGGACUCCACCAUCAACGCAGUAGGAGACAGUGUGUGGGAGGUUCUCAUCCUAAUGGAGUUCUGUAAAGCGGGCCAAGUAGUAAAACAGAUGAAUCAGAGGCUGCAUGUCGGCUUCAGUGAGGCUGAGGUACUUACGAUCUUCUGUGACACCUGCGAGGCUGUGGCCAGGCUGCACCAGUGUAAAACCCCGGUCAUCCACAGAGACCUUAAGGUGGAAAACAUCCUCUUGAAUGAUCAGGGGAACUACGUCUUGUGUGACUUUGGAAGUGCCACCCACAAAGUGUUGCACCCACUCAGAGAUGGCGUGACAGCUGUGGAGGACGAGAUUAAGAGGUACACGACCCUGUCAUAUCGAGCCCCAGAGAUGAUUAACUUAUACCAAGGGAAAGCCAUCACUACCAAGACUGAUAUUUGGGCACUUGGAUGCUUGUUGUACAAGCUGUGUUUCUUCACGCUCCCAUUUGGGGAGAGUCAAGUCGCCAUAUGUGACGGAAUCUUCAGCGUUCCAGACGGUUCAAAGUUUUCCUCCAAACUGCACUGUUUAAUCAGAUACAUGUUGGAACCGGAUCAAGAAAAAAGACCAGACAUCUAUCAAGUGUCUCACUUUGCCUUCAGAUUAGCUGGAAAGGAAUGUCCAGUGCCAAAUCUAUUUAACUCUCCCAUCCCCACCACGCUGCCGGAGCCACUAACAGCCAGUGACAUCGCUGCUAAGAAGAGCCUGACAAAAGCCAGGAUAACAGAGUCCGUAGGCCCCACGGAAACGUCCAUUGCUCCGAGGCAAAGGCCAAAAGCUGCCAACAGCAACGUCCUUCCACUGCCUAACUCAGUAACUCCAGUGAAAAUGACCGUUCCCUCUGGAACCGUCAGCAACGGCCAAAGUGCCCAAGGGAACGGACAGCAGGCGACUGUGCCGAUACAGAGCAGCAAUCAGCAGAACAGAGUUUUACAGCAGCUGCAGCCUGGAGACCUGAGACUCCAACUCCAACAACAACCACAACAACAACCACCACCUCAUCAUCAACACCAUCAACAACAACAACAUAACAUGCACCACCAGCAACAACUCAAUGCACAACAGCUGCAGUACAUGCAGUAUCAGGCCAUGCAGCAGAGCCUCCAGAUGCAGCAGCAGCAUAUGCUCCACCAACAGAUGCUGAUGCAGCAGUCCAUGUAUCACCCGCAGCAGCAGCAGCAGCAGCAGUACGCAGCCCUGCAGAUGCAUCAUUACCAGCAGGCUUUUGCUGCCCAGCAGCAGCAGCAGCAGCAGUGUGCUUCAGCCCAGCAGGUGCCCUACAUUUCCCCACUAGAAUUCCAGGCUCCACUGGGCUCCUACAACCCUGCAGGACUUUCCCCUGUGGACCCUUCAUACACCAAUACCAGAACACAAGUAUCCGGCCCAGAGAUGAUUAGCCCCACUCUCCAGCCUACAAGUAACCCUCCUGAUAUGUCUCGCUGGAACCCCUUCGGAGAGGAUAACUUCUCCAAACUCACAGCAGAGGAGUUGCUGGACAGAGAGUUUGAUCUUCUGCGUGCAAAAAAGCCAGUGGAGAGAGCAGUCAGUGUGGAGGCCAGUGGCGCGGAGCGGCAGCAGCCCCUGCUCUCCGAGGACCCCUUCGGUUCCGUGCCCUUUGUGGCCAGCGCAGCAGGAUCUGCCGCGCACACACCAGAGCAGCCAUCCGAAGAGUCCAGCAUCUCCACUGCUGGAAUAGUCGCUUUGGAAGAAGCUGUGCAACUGUCUGCCAAGGAACAGAAACCUACGAAGAAGAGCAGCUCAUCCGGCCCAACAGCUCACAAAACCGGCGAGGAAUCGGACAGCGACUUCGAGUCUGACCCUCCCUCGCCCAAGAGCAGUGAAGAUGAGGAGGUGGAGGAGGAUGAAGGCCUCAACAGUGAGCCUGAAGACACAGAGCCAGAGAACCUUGGGCAGAGACCUCUGCUCAUGGACUCUGAGGAAGAGGCUGAAGAAGAGGAAGACAAACACAGCUCAGAUUCCGACUGUGACCAGAGGAAAGAGAAAGCCUGUGCUGCAGGGAGAAUGCUGGGUGACGAGGUUUCAGCUUUUGCAAAGGGAAAUGCCAGAGGUGAAUCUGGAACAAGUCUGAUCACCCCUCCCGAUUCACCCGGCGCCGUGCCCUUGCCAAGUGCAAGUGAAGUGGAUGCGUUUGGCGCCGUGCCCUUUGUUGGCAGUGGUCAGCCCAGAGCUUCACCACCAGAGAGUGUCGAUGUUUUUGCCAAGGCUCCUUUCAGGCAGGCGAGCCAGGAAAACACCAUGGAGGAGUUUGAUGUUUUCACCAAAGCUCCCUUCAGCAGGAACCUCUCCAGGUCCAGCAGGAGCGGCGAUGCUCCCAGUGGCCAGACGCCACCUAUCUCCCCGGCCAGUGUAGACGUGUUUGGCUUCUCGCCCUUCCAGCCCGGCCACACGGAACAGACCUCCAGAAGCCAGGAGGACAUCUUUGGCCAAGUGCCUUUUGAGGAGGCACAAAGCCCCCAACAGCAGCAGAAACUGAAGCAGCGCAGCCUCCAGAAGCUCUCCUCGCGGCAGAGACGCACAAAGCAGGAGGUCACCGGUGGAAACGGAAAGCGCCACCACGGUACACCGACUAGCGGGAGAAAGAGCAACAAGCCCAGCUUCCGCACCCCCGAGCGGGUACGACGGCACAAGAAGGUGGGCAGAAGGGAUUCACAAAGUAGCAACGAGUUUCUCAGUGCCUCCAAGGAGAACAUCAGCAUCACAAUGGGAGAAGUUAUAGAGAAGGGAACGGCUUUGCCGUCUGAAGAGGCCAUAUUGGAUCCGUUUGGCGCCAAGCCUUUCCAUCCGCAAGACGGCAGCGUUCGGCAAGGUCAACAAGGACAACACGGGCAACACCAAGGCCUCGGAGACAACAAAAGCAGCGACAUCAACACAGCCAACGGCAGAUCCCGGACUGGUUCUUUACAAGCCGCGUUCGAUGGGAACCCGAUGGAUGAUUUUGGGGCUGUGCCCUUCACAGAAAUGGUCGUCCACGGUGGGUCUCAGCAGACCCCUCAAAUGGAUCUCCUCGACCCUUUCGGAGCCGCACCUUUUCCCUCAAAGCAUUGAAUGUCUCGUCUUCCGGUGCACACAGAGUGCACUUAAGCGCAUAUGCUGCUACUUUAUGCAAAGUCAACGCGACCACCCUUUGAAUUUUUACAUUUACUAGAUGGCAGCUGUUGUGUAAUGUGCUCUCAGUGUGCGUCAGCCAGUCAGUUUCACAGUUUCAACAAAUCAUGGGCCUUGUUUUAGUGUAAAACCAACUUUUACAGCUUUUAAAACUAUUUUAAUACCUUAAUAACUUGACUUUGGAGUAACUCGUUUUCCCUGAACUUGACUUGAACCUGUGUAUGGAUGUUGUUGGGUUUUUUCCAUUGACUUUUUAUGCAUUACAUUUAGUCUUUUUAGCCUUUUUAUGCUGCAUCACAAACGUGCUCUGAGAAAAACAUUAGCGAAAGCCGACAAUACGCUAUCCUUUGUUUUUUUUUUUUUUGUAUUUUAUUAGAAUACAGAUUUAGCAGAGUACUGAAUCUUUUGUGCGUGCUCAAUCACGGACCACCCACUUGUCAGUGGUUCUUAGGUAGCGUAGGUUGUUGCUUCCCGCGUGAUCUACUAGAUAGGUCAGUUUCACACCACAUUGCCUUAUAUGGGUAUGCUCCACCCUGCUUUACUGUACCUCAAAAACACAAAUGCCUGUUGUGGUGCAUUUGUGUCAAAAGAGAAUCAUUUCAGCGUAGGCCUUCUCCACUCUUACUUUAAGUACCAUUUUCUAUGCAUAAUUCAGCAGUUUAAGUGCAUUCGGUUCAUAGACUUUGUAGCUGUGGCCAUUUUUGUCUCCAAAAAUAAUACUAAAAAAAAAACUUAAAAAGGGAUUUACUUUAAGUUGAUAAUCAAUCACAUGAGGUCUGAUUAACCUUUUGUGUGACUGGUGCUGCACAACAUCUCAUUAAGUCAAUUUUUAUUAUUCUUAUUCUUAGCCCCUUAUUUAAAAUAACGUAAUCCACACUUUUAAACUACAGUUAUAAUUAGGUACCGUCUUUCUUUAUAAUGGGAACAAAUGUAAAGAAUGUACUCAAAACUCUUCAGUUUUCAGUUGUACAGCAUGAAGCAGCCUAAGUGGAGAUAAAUAAUUAAACUGGAAAUCAAGAUAAAUCCACAGUGAUAGUGAUUUAAACUAGAGUGUACGUUUGGGACAAGGUUAAGUCUUAUAGCACUUGGAAAACCAUCAUGUUUGACUAAAGCAAUUUUUUUACAGGUUGAACUUUUUAACACUGCAAUACUUACUGUCUUUCUUUUCUGUUACUUUCUUUUAAUUUGAUUUGUUGUGCUACGCUGCUCUCUAACAAUGCAAUAAAAUACUGAACUUUUUUUUUUGGAA